GCCACAAUUUUCACCAGUCGCCCAAGAUGACAACCGUUUCUUGAGGGACUGAUUUCUCCAUUUCAGAUAGCUGACGUGGCACUUACCAUCGCCUUUUCUAUCUCCUCUCUCUCUCUCAUUCUCUCUCCAGUCUGAAGAUCCUCGGUUUUUCUUCGCUACUUUUUCCUUCUCUGCCGAACCCUAAUCCCCAAAUUCGAUUUUGUCAUCGCGAAACAGCAAGUUCUAUCUUUUCCGUGAUUCCAUACCCUAAGUUUCAAAUUCGUCACGAGCCUGAUGAUCGUCGUUUGAGGACUAUAAUGAUCGGUCUCUUCGCGUCCCGUCUUCGUCUUGAUUGCAUGGGGUUUGAGCUAUGCCGGAGCUUCGCCGUGGAGUCCGCCGUGGUCGUGCUGCGGCUGCUUUAGCUCACAAUAAGCUGGAACAACCACCGGCGGAGAGGAAACAGAAGCGGAAUUGCGGCAGAGGACGUGGUGCGGUCGUCCUAGGAGUUACUGAGACGGCGGAGAGGCCGAGGACAAGAUUGGCGGCAAGGAGGCUGAAGCAAGAAGACAAGGGGAUCGUUCAGGAGAACCCGGUGAUCAUUGUGUCGAAGGAGAGCGACAUCGAUAGGAAGAAGGGCAAGAAAGUUCUCGGUGAAGAAGAUAAGAAAGCCAUGGCAAUCGGUAACGAUAGCGGUGGGUCGAAUAAGGCGGCUGCGCAGGAAGAAGAAGGGAAUACGGCGCCUUUCCCAGAGAGGGUCCAAGUUGGCGGAUCACCUCUAUAUAAGGUUGACAGGAAGUUGGGGAAAGGUGGUUUCGGACAAGUAUUUGUUGGCCGCCGUAUUGGUGGUGGGAAUGAACGCAGCGCAGGAGCAGGAAUAAUGGAGGUAGCACUAAAGUUUGAGCAUCGAAGCAGCAAAGGUUGCAACUACGGUCCUCCACAUGAAUGGCAGGUGUACAACACCCUUGGUGGUAGCCAUGGAGUCCCUAGAGUGCAUUACAAAGGGAGACAAGGAGACUACUAUGUUAUGGUUAUGGACAUGCUUGGUCCAAGCUUAUGGGAUAUAUGGAAUUCUUCGGGACAAGCAAUGUCCUCAGAAAUGGUAGCCUGCAUUGCAGUUGAAUCACUAUCCAUCCUUGAGAAGAUGCACGCGAAAGGUUAUGUGCACGGAGAUGUUAAACCCGAAAACUUUUUACUGGGCCAGCCUUCUUCGCCUCAAGAGAAGAAGCUAUUCCUUGUUGAUCUGGGAUUAGCAACAAAGUGGAGAGAGAGUGGAAGUGGGCAGCAUGUUGAAUAUGAUCAACGUCCUGAUAUGUUCAGGGGGACAGUUCGAUAUGCAAGUGCACAUGCUCAUUUGGGAAGAACUGCAAGUAGAAGGGAUGAUCUUGAAUCCCUGGCUUACACGCUCAUCUUCCUUCACAGAGGCAGAUUGCCAUGGCAAGGAUAUCAGGGAGAUAACAAGUCAUUCCUAGUCUGCAAAAAGAAGAUGGCAACAUCUCCUGAUAUGCUUUGCUGUUUCUGCCCUCCUCCUUUCAAGCAAUUUCUUGAGAUUGUGGUGAACAUGAAAUUUGAUGAGGAGCCCAACUAUGCCAAGUUAAUCUCUUUGUUUCAAGAUCUUUUAGGGCCGAAUCCGGCCAUAAGGCCUAUAAAUACAGAAGGUGCUCAAAAGAUCAUUUUUCAAGUUGGACAGAAACGAGGUAGGUUAAGCAUUGGAGAAGAAGAAGAAGAAGUGCCUAGGAAAAAAGUCCGUUUGGGAGUUCCUGCCACACAAUGGAUAUCAAUUUACAAUGCUAGGCAGCCAAUGAAGCAGAGGUACCAUUAUAAUGUGGCUGAUAUAAGGUUGGCACAGCAUAUUGAAAGAGGUAUUGCGGAUGGUUUGUUGAUAAGUUGUGUGGCAUCAUGUUCUAAUCUUUGGGCCCUUAUAAUGGAUGCCGGAACUGGCUUCACGAGCCAAGUUUACGAACUGUCUCCUGUCUUCUUGCACAAGGAAUGGAUAAUGGAACAAUGGGAGAAGAACUACUAUAUAAGUUCUAUUGCUGGUGCCAACAAUGGGAGCUCGUUAGUGGUCAUGUCAAAAGGUACACAGUUUACUCAACAGUCUUACAAAGUAAGUGAUUCAUUCCCUUUUAAGUGGAUAAACAAGAAAUGGAGGGAAGGCUUCCAUGUGACCUCAAUGGCCACAGCAGGAAGUCGAUGGGGUGUUGUGAUGUCCCGCAAUGCAGGUUACAGUGAACAGGUUGUGGAGCUUGAUUUUCUGUAUCCAAGUGAGGGUAUCCACAAGCGUUGGGACAGUGGGUUUCGUAUCACCUCAACCGCAGCAACCACUGAUCAAGCUGCUCUUAUCCUUAGCAUUCCAAGGCGUAGACUGGUUGAUGAAACACAAGAGACGUUACGCACCUCCCAGUUCCCCAGCACACAUGUUAAGGAAAAAUGGGGGAAGAACCUCUAUCUUGCAUCUUUAUGCUAUGGGCGAACUGUCUCUUGAGACUUGGCUUAGUAAUGUUUACAGGGAAGAGAAACUGUUCAAGGUCUCCUCUCUAUUAGUUUCAUGUACGGAUCUAUGCCCCUGCCUCUUUUCUUUUUGUUUCUCAGUUCAACUGUGAAGCAAUAUUGUUGUGUUACCCACAGUUCAAUUGUGAAGCAGCGAGGCAUUACCAAGUAGAAGCACAUUCAUUUCAGUGUAUUUAUUAUAUUGACUCUAUUGAAAAAUUGUUCUGUUAUCAAUAUCAACAAAUAUGGAAUUUGUGGUA